AUAUGGAUAGAGAUGGCUACAUUUGAGCUGUAAUACAUAUUUUAAAUAUUUGAUCAGUGAACAGCCAUAUUUGAUCUGUGAACAGCCUAGUCUUCCAAAAAUGGCAUCAAAUUCAGUUGAUCAGCCGUUAGAAUUUGAAAGAAGCAUAAAAGCUAUAGCAGAUUCUUCAAAUCUGGAAGCAGUCCCUUCCAAAUUCAAUAUUGCUAAUGACUACACUGCUCUACCAUCUGAUUCAAUCCCUCUCCUCGAUUUCUCCUCCCUUAUCUCCGCCGAUCCUCACCAACGCACCAAAGCCGUCCAAGAUCUCGCGGAAGCAUCUCGAGUUUGGGGCUUUUUCAUCCUUGUGAAUCAUGGGAUACCUGAGAGCUUGAUGAAGGACGCGAUUGCAGCUGUGAGAGACUUCUUCAAUUUGCCAGAAUCUGAGAAGAAGCAGUACGAAUCGAAGUCAGUGUUAGAUUCGAUUCAAUGUGGCAAUUUGACACUUGUAAAUACUUCAAACCAAAGCUUCACAUUUUGGAGAGAGUAUCUUAGGCUGCGUGUCCAUCCCGACUUCCACUGCCCUCACCACCCUCAACAUCUCAGGGAAAUUGUGAUGGAUUACAGUAAAAAAAUCCGAGAAUUGUAUAUGAAGAUAAUGGAAGCCGCAGUUGAAUAUCUGGAAUUGGAUAAACAUUAUGUGGAUCAAGUUUUGAAGAUGGAUUCCAUGGCACAAAUGGUUGUCGGAAAUUGUUAUCCUGCAUGUCCUCAACCUGAUAAAGCCAUUGGCCUCCCGCCGCAUACCGAUCCAGGUUUGCUGACAUUUCUGAUAAAUAAUGGAGUUGAGGGUCUACAAAUUGAGCAUGAUGGAAAAUGGUUCAACGUUCAAUCUCCUCCUAAUUCCAUUUUGGUUAAUGUAGAUGACCACUUUGAGAUAUUAACGAAUGGAAGGUUUAAGUCUCUAAAGCAUAGAGCUGUGGUGAAUAAGGAGAGAGAGAGAAUUUCACUCGUGGUAUUGAAUACUCCGGCAUGGGACGCCAUUGUUGGGCCGGCUGCGCCACUGGUCGACAAGGAUGGCUCAGCAUUAUACCAUUCUAUGGAGUAUAAACAAUACUUGGAGACAAGCAUCGCUCAAAGCCGUCUCGGUGGAAAAUCCUUUUUCGAGCAACAACUCAUAAUCCAAGACAUCUAGUGAGCCCGUAUAGGAGCCGCCUUUGUUCGCCAAUAAGAUUCAAAACUAGGUUUAACCUGGUGCUUUCCCUUGUUUUAUUUGUUUAAUUUACGUAAUCGAGUGAAUGUUCGGGUUUUCUUUGUCGGUUCUUUCCUGGAUCGUAAUAAGAUAGAAUAGGU